AUGUCCGUUUGUGAGUCUCGGCACAACUCAUUUCCCGACGUGACUUUACAGAGAAGGCCUUAUCCCGGGAUCUCCUUGAGACUUCAGAAAAUUCGGAAAAAAGUUGGCGAAGGAGCUGACGGGAUGCAAGAAAUCGUCGACAACCUAGCUCGAUGCCGUCAUGAGGCAGCUAUAGAGGCGGCUCUUGCAUCUUUGCCAGUGAAUCUUAAUGAGACAUACGAUCGCAUAAUGAAAGGUAUUCUGACAGAGCUCCAAAACGAUGCGAUACGCCUCCUUCAAUUCGCAGUCCACUCUAAGCGACCGCUGACUCUGGCCGAGGCUAAGGAAGUGAUAGCGACGAAUACCGAAGUCGGAAGGCUUCAAUACCAAGCGUGGAUUAUUUUGCGACAAUGA